CUGAUACACACACUGGCACAAAGAGAAGAAACCCACUUUCAAAGAUAAGGAAUCAGAGAAGAAGAAAAAUUUCAUACUCAAAUCUGAAAACACAGUAACCAGAAGAAUGAGUUGUGCAGUGGUUUCAGGUACCGAAACUUACUUUCAUUUCCUCUCAAAACCCACAAAAAAAUCCAUUACUGAAAGUUUUUCAAGCAUUUCCUUCCGUUCAAAGCUGACAAAUUCCAGAAUACAAUUAAAAAACCCAUCUGGGAUGACUCCAAGAAACCAUUCCAGGGCAAGUUUUAAGGCAUUUUAUGCCCCAACACAAGCCACAGACAGUAAUUUGUAUGAUGUGUUGGGAAUUGAAGAGAGUGGGACCAUUUCUGAUAUAAAGAAAGCUUAUAAACAAAUGGCAAGAAAAUAUCAUCCUGAUGUAUCGCCACCAGACCGUGUUGAUGAGAACACCAGGAGAUUUAUAUUGGUUAAAGAGGCUUACGAAACCCUUUCUGAUCCAAACACUAGAGCUUUGUAUGAUCAUGAUUUAGCUCACGGAUUGGGUUUCAAACAGAGAUCGGACGGUGAGUGGAAAAUGAGGUGGCAAUCUCAAUUGAAUGAAUUGAAGCAUAGACAAAGGAAUUCAGGAGGAAGAAUGUCUUGGGGAGCUCGAAUGCGCAGCCGAAGAUGAAAUCUUUUGCACUUGGACUUAAUUAAUUAGCUCCAGUGUAUAUUUCUAUUUACUUUAUUUCAUACUUAAAAUUUGUAAAUUUCGAUAAAAUGGUAUGAUCUUUACAAUCUAGUGAUUCUAGUCUAUCGUAUUCUGUUCCAA